CUCAUGAGCCACUCAUGAGUCUCUGAAAACAAGCCUCUCUAUCUCUCUCUCUCUCUCUCUCUCACGCACACAGAGUCCUCACAUCAGCCAAAGGACAUUCACGUGUCUGUGUACUCUGAUUGCAAGAAAAGAUAAAGAAAGGCCUCUUUAACUUCUUGUGCAUCAGAUCAGUAGACCGAGUGGUGUUUCUUCAGUCUCCAUUUAUCCGCACCACAUUUUCCUGUGAAACUAUCAUUCUUUAAUCCUCUCUCUCUCUCUCUCUCCGAACACCCAUCCACCAAGAAAAACAAGAACCAACCAUGAGUUUGAAUGCGCCCAUUUUCUUCAUCGUGUCUCUCCUCUUCAUCCACUCGCUCCCUUCACAAGUUGAACCAGCCAAGCCCAACGCCCACAUCACAGUUAUGGGCAUGGUCUACUGUGACAUCUGCUCCAACAACACCUUCUCUAGGCACAGCUACUUUCUACCAGGUGCAGAAGUGAAAAUAGACUGCAAAUUCGAGGCCGUGUCGCCGAAGACGACGGAGCAGAUAUCAUUCUCAGUCAAGAGAACCACAAAUAGGUAUGGGGUGUACAAGCUGGAGAUACCGACGGUGGACGGGAUCGAGUGCGCUAGAGAGUCGGCCAUUGUGUCUUCCUGCGAGGCAAGCUUGAUGUGGAGCUCAUCCAGUUCAUGCAAUGUGCCUGGUUACAGAACCACCACUGACCAAAUUGCCAUCAAGUCCAAGCAAGCCAAUCUCUGCAUCUACAGCCUAAAUGCACUCAAUUACAGGCCAUCCAAAAGAGAUAUAGGCCUGUGUGGUGGGCGUUAAGAAUACUCUGGGGCCUCAUUAUGUGGCCUUUUCUUGCAUCCUUUUACCACCCACUUGCCACUCUCCCACAAAUACUUUUGUCUUUUCCUUGGUAUUAUUGCAAGGCAAAUCUUUAGCAAACAGCACCCACUUUACCGGAGGGACUUGUUGCAUGCUAAACGUGGGCCCCCAUAUAAUCAGUAGGUUUUCGGAGAACAUGUUGUGAGAGUGACGUGAAGAUGCACACUCCCAACAGUACCUGGUGAUUGAUUCCCCCUAGUCACUCAUUGUCUCUCUAUAUGGUUUCUAUUCAAGCUACAUCGAGGUUUCUGUCUGUCCACAUUAGGGAAAGAGAAUCCACUGAAAAUUUCAGGAGACGCAUUACAGCAACUCAUGUUUUAUUCUGUUGUCUGCAAUAUAUGUUAUGGUGGUCCGAGACAUACUAAUACAUGUCUGCAUUCUUCAUGUA